CUCCCACAUUCACACCUCUCGAUAUAACGCAGAAAGCUGAUAGCAGCGAAUCCCCAAGACAUUGCCUCGCCGCCGCCGGUGAGCUUUGAAGGUUCGGUACGUCGUCGUUUUGGACUCCGGUUGCUUGGUGUGUCAGUUACAGCUGUUUAAUUUCCUCCGACUGCUCCACAUGCUCUUCUUUGUCCUUUUUAAUCUAGCGACCCGUCGUUUUAGCCUAGAUCUUGUCACUUUGUUCAUUAUUCCUUCUCCUCUUUAGCCUUGUCUCCUCGUCUUGUUCCUUUCUCUCUCCCAGGUUCUUCCAUUUCUUCAGUUCAGGCCAUUUCCUCACUCUUCGUCCGUUUCUUGCAGCCGUUUUUAGCUCCGAUUGCAGCAUUGCCUUGGAUUUCCGGCUCGGCUUGCUGAACACAAUUGUGCAUUAGGGAAGUACUGAAUUAGUUUUCCACCAUCUUUGAUGCAGAGCAAGUCAUUUUGUAAAAGUUUCUUCAUUUGAUCGUUCUAGUUGGAGAAAUUAGAGUUUUCAAGCAUGAAGGAGGUUGACAAAAGGAAAACUACAAAUACUAAAGCCACCAAGCGUUCCGGAAGAACUGAAAGGAGAGAUCCUAAGCUGAACCAAGGGAAUACUGGCAAGACAUUGAACGGAAAAGGAACUGAAUCUAAAGAGUCUCAAGCUAGGACAGUCCCUGGUACCCUAGUAAGUGAUAUGAACAUGAGUACAGAGGCCUUGGUAGUUGAUAAUAAUGUGGACAUACAUUACGUGAGUGAUGUGAAAAAGAUCGUGGAUGCUCCUCGAGAUUUACAAGCAAACUCGAUGAUUUCAAUAGAGAACGAUGAUGAAGAUUCAGAUGAUCAUUCUAGUGAUUUGGAACAAGAAGCAAAGCAGGGGAAUGAAGAGGUGUCAGACUGUGAGACCAUAAAGGAUUCGGUAUCAUCUCAAGGGGAAUCGACUACCUCUGCGGAUGACAUAAGCCCUUCAAGGGUUCCCAAAAUUAUUGGAAGAAAAAAGCCCUCAGAGGAUUCUAUUGGAUCCAUGGAGAGAUCUGUUCGUGAAUCUAGUAAGUCAAAAUCCAAGGAUCACACUCACAAAGAGUCCAGUACGUUACACAAAGGGCCUUCUGGAGUUACCACUAAAUGUUCUACUAUAGAUGAUGCUAGCACUAUGGGAAGUCCCAUGAAACCUUCUUCAGAAUCAUCUGAGGUGGUUGAUGACAAGAUUGUCAAAGAAAUAAGAGGAAGUGACAUUGUGGAUAGGUCUACCAAUGGUGCCCAGAGUGGUGGAAGUGACAAUCAAACCAUAGAUGCGGAUAAAAUUGAUGAACAAGAGGAUGUCACAGCUUUGGAACAGAAGGUUGAAGAAAUGGAAAUGAGAAUUCAAAAACUUGAAGAAGAACUGCGAGAAGUUGCUGCUCUUGAAAUUUCCUUAUACUCUGUGGUACCGGAGCAUGGGAGCUCUGCACAUAAAGUACACACACCUGCUCGGCGCAUUUCUCGACUUUAUAUUCAUGCUUGCAAACAUUGGACUCAGGAAAAGCGAGCCACAAUUGCUAAGAAUACUGCAUCAGGGCUUGUUCUUAUUGCAAAGUCCUGUGGUAGUGAUGUUGCCAGGUUGACCUUCUGGUUAUCCAAUACUGUUGUGCUAAGGGGGAUCAUAUCUCAAGCAUUUGGCAGUUCACGUCACUCAGGUCCUUUUUCUAAGUAUGAGUCUAAUGGUACUAGCAAGAGAAAUGAUGUGAAGUCUGCGGCACUGAGAUGGAGGGGCAAUCCUGGUACUAAACAAAUGAAUGGCUUCACGCAGUUUGCUGAUGACUGGCAAGAGACAGGAACCUUCACAGCAGCAUUAGAAAGAGUUGAAUCCUGGAUUUUUUCUCGGCUAGUUGAGUCCGUGUGGUGGCAGGCUUUGGCUCCACAUAUGCAAUCUCCAGUUGAGCAUUCAUCAAGUAAUAAGAUAGCAAGGUUGUUGGGACCUGCCCUGGGUGAUCAAAAUCAGGGGAGCUUUUCUAUUAACCUGUGGAAAAACGCUUUCCAGGAUGCUUCUCAACGACUCUGUCCUGUUCGAGCUGGGGGACACCAGUGUGGCUGCCUGCCUGUGUUGUCAAGAAUGGUCAUGGGACAAUGUGUUUCCAGGCUAGAUGUUGCAAUGUUCAAUGCCAUUCUGCGUGAGUCAGUACAUGAGAUUCCUACUGAUCCAGUGUCAGAUCCCAUUCUUGAUUCGCGAGUUCUACCUAUUCCUGCUGGUGAUUUGAGUUUCAGAUCUGGCGCUCAACUAAAAAAUUCUGUUGGAAAUUGGUCUAGGUGGCUAAGUGAUAUGUUUGGCAUGGAUGCUGAUGAUUCCCUGCAAGAAAAUCAGCUUGGAAAUGAGGACAAUGACAAGCAGAGCGGAGAUGCUGAACCAAAAUCCUUUCUUCUUCUCAAUGCCUUGAGUGAUCUCCUGAUGCUUCCAAAAGACAUGCUUAUGGACCGCUCAAUCAGAAAGGAGGUGUGCCCAUCAAUUAGUCUUCCAGUAGUUAAGCGAAUACUCUGCAACUUCACUCCAGAUGAGUUCUGUCCAGAUGCUGUUCCAGGAGCUGUAUUGGAAGCACUGAAUGCUGAGAGUAUUGUGGAGCGGAGAUUGUCUGGAGAAUCUUCGAGAAUCUUCCCUUAUACAGCUGCACCAGUUGUGUACAACCCUCCUUCCUCAGUUGAUGUGCCAGAGAAAGUUGCAGAAGCAGGGGAGAGAUCUCCAAUGGAAAGGAGCGUGUCGGCUAUACAGAGGAAGGGAUAUACAAGUGAUGAGGAGCUAGAGGAGCUGGAUUCCCCUCUUAUAGCCAUUGUUGACAACUUACCAUCAUCUCCAACUUUUAUAGCAAAUGGAAACGGGAACGGAAAACAUGAGGAAACAGGUCACAGCUGCAUGAAUGCAAGGUAUGAUCUCCUUCGGGAAGUCUGGUCCGCGUAGAAGAAAUUAUGCAGAUGUAUACCUGUAGUUUCCUUAUACGGUGAGGAAUGGGAGAACUCUGUUCAGUAAUGUGAAUAAUAUGAAAGGCAAAUAUCAAGACAAUUCUGAAAUACUUCUCGUUAUACCGAGGUUUG